GAGGAGCACGUUAAUCCCACAAUCAUAAUGUACAUGACUAAAAUACAGAUUUUUGAGAUUCAUAACGAAAUGUUGUUCUGGUAACAUUUUAUGCCAUAAUGUGGAUUUCAACCCCGGAUCCAUGCGCAGAAGGAAGUGAUGGCUGUCACAUUGAUGCUAUUUGUCAAAAUACRCAAGCCUCUUACAAGUGCACGUGUAAAGUAGGCUUUGGCUUUAAAGGCGACGGUAAACAUUGUGAAGACAUUGAUGAAUGCGAUAUCGAGUACAAUGGUGGCUGUGUACACGAAUGUAACAACAUACCAGGCAAUUAUCGUUGCACUUGCCAUGAUGGAUUCAAUUUAGCGCACGAUGGACAUAAUUGUCUAGAUGUGGACGAGUGUGUCUUCAACAAUGGAGGGUGCCAGUAUACAUGUGUCAACACCAUGGGGAGUUAUGAGUGCCGCUGCAAAGAGGGCUUCUUCCUCAGUGACAACCAGCACACAUGUAUCCACCGCUCUGUGGAGGGCCUUAGCUGUAUGAAUAAGGAGCAUGGCUGUGCUCACAUCUGCAAGGAGACACCCAAGGGAGGAGUGGCCUGCGAGUGCCGCCCAGGAUUUGAGCUGGCCAAGAACCAAAGAGGCUGCAUCUUGACUUGUAACCAUGGUAACGGGGGCUGCCAGCACACUUGCGAGGACAUGGAGCAGGGGCCCAUCUGCAGGUGUCAUGUGAGGUACACCCUGCACCCUGACGGCAGGUCCUGUGUAGAMCGGGACGAGACAACUACUGAGAGCUCUGAUCACAACGCCACGUCCUUCACUGAGGUGGACAAACGUGUCAAGCGCAGACUGCUCAUGGAGAACUGUGCGGUGAAUAACGGGGGGUGUGACUCCACGUGUAAGGACACAUCCACGGGCGUACGCUGCAGCUGCCCUGUGGGCUUCUCUCUGCAGCCUGACGGGAAGACGUGCAAAGACAUUAAUGAGUGUGAGCUGCACAACAGCGGUUGCGACCACUUCUGCAGGAACACCAUCGGCAGCUUUGAGUGUAACUGCUGGAAGGGCUUCAAGCUGCUUACUGACGAGCACUCCUGUCAGGAUAUAGACGAGUGUUAUUUCGAAAGGACAUGUGGUCACACGUGUGUGAACUCCCCUGGUGGUUUUGAGUGUGUUUGCAACAAAGGGUACASCCUGUAUGGACUGGCCCACUGCGGAGACAUAAAUGAGUGCAGUGUGAACAACGGAGGUUGUGAGCAGGGUUGUGAGAACACUGGGUGGGUUUGAGUGCCACUGCACCCUGGUUAUAAGCUACACUGGACAAAAAAAGAUUGUAUCGAGAGCUGUGACCUGGGCUGUGUGCGCCGGCGCUCAGAGAAGAGGCUGAGGAAGACUAUCCGUACUCUGAGGAAGUCCAUCCACCGGGAGCAGUUCCACCUCCACUUCGCUGGCUCUAACUACGAGCUGGCCAAGAGGCUGGCCCGGCCGGUGGACCUGCCGGAACACUGUGGGAAAGGACAAGUGCUGGUGGACAGGAAGUGUGUGAGCUGCACUGUUGGAACGUACUAUGACAGGGAUCAGGGAAGAUGUGUUCUGUGUCCAGCUGGAAUGUACCAAGAUGAAGAGGGGAAGAAUUCUUGCGAGGCCUGCCCAGGGCCAGAGGUGAGAGGAAGCCCCAGGUUUGGGGCGUGGAAUAUCUCUGAGUGUGGAGGUCAAUGUCCCCCUGGUCAGUUCUCCCAUGAUGGCUUCAUCCCUUGCCUGCCCUGUCCCCUGGGUACCUACCAGCCAGAGGUGGGGCGCACUUCCUGUUUCCACUGUGGAGGACACCUGGUCACCAAACACAAUGGUGCCGUGUCCUUCCAGGAGUGUGAGACCAAAGUCCAGUGUUCACCGGGACAUUACUACAACACCAGCACACACCGCUGUAUCCGUUGUCCCAUGGGGACGUAUCAGAUGGAGUUUGGUCAGAAUUACUGCAUCUCCUGCCCAGGAAAUACCACCACCGACUUUGACGGCUCCACCAACAUCAUGCAGUGCAAAAACAGACACUGUGGGGGAGAGAUGGGAGAUUUCACUGGCUACAUCGAGUCUCCCAACUACCCAGGGAACUACCCAGCCAACAUUGAGUGCACCUGGACCAUCAACCCACCGCCCAAGCGCAGAAUCCUCAUCGUGGUCCCAGAGAUCUUCCUCCCCAUCGAGGAUGAGUGUGGAGACUACCUGGUCAUGAGAAAGAGCUCUCUCUCCAACUCUGUGACGACCUAUGAGACCUGCCAGACCUAUGAACGGCCUAUUGCCUUCACCUCCCGCUCCAAGAGGCUGUGGAUACAGUUUAAAUCGAAUGAAGGGAACAGUGGAAAGGGCUUCCAAGUCCCUUAUGUGACCUAUGAUGAGGACUACCAGGAACUCAUCGAAGAUAUAGUCAGAGAUGGAAGAUUAUAUGCCUCUGAAAAUCACCAAGAAAUUCUCAAGGACAAGAAGCUUAUGAAGGCACUGUUUGAUGUAUUGGCCCACCCACAGAACUUCUUCAACUACACAGCACAGGAGUCAAGAGAAAUGUUCCCCAAAUCCUUCAUCCGAUUUCUACGUUCUAAAGUCUUGAGAUUCCUUCGCCCUUAAGAAGGCACUAUCAUCAAGUUGCUUCGUGGAUAUCUCAGAAAACGCUUUUACCAGUUACUCCCUAGAAAAGAGUCCUUUACUUKUCCUMUCUGUACAGAGACUGACUGAGMCUAGAGUUGACWAAGAGAGAUGGACUCGGACACUUUCCUCAAAUGGACUUCAAUUGGACCUUCUGGGAAUAGGUGGGUAGUGGACUGUCAUGGUGGAGACAAGUGGCAGCUCCCGCUAUCACAUCUGGUCUACAUUCUAGAGCUAAGUUUUUGUGCUUCGAUACCACAUCUAUCUCUGAUACCUCCAUACACUCCUGUGUGUGAGCAUUGCAACGUUUAGACAGACUUUGUCUUUUCCUUUUGAUUUUAAACUUUCAUUCUCAGGAAUAAAGCUUGAAGUGGUAAGCUGAUUUGAUUGUUAGCAUUUAAAUUCAUGAAAGCUUCGAUUUGCAUACUGGUGUAACAACAUCUUGAAAAUAAUUAUGGUAAACGGAACUUUCACCAAUAGCAUAGAAAGCGGAUGAGAAAAGACUCUUGAUUAUGUAUAAAAAGUUAACUGAGGUUUAUGCUAAAUGUCAACCACAUAGAUAGUGUAUACUUAUAACAUACAUUAUUAAAAUCAUGUUUCACAUUUAGAUCAGAAUUGUUGACAGAAAUAUGCCUGAAUAUGAGAAAAGAAUAUAGCACAAAUGUGACUUUAUGGUGGGAACUUUAAAGCACUACAAAGAAUGUAGUGAUACCACAAAAUAAAUUAUCCUUAUGAAUGUAUUGUAUAUUGUGUAAAAAGUAUUAGAUGAAAAUGUUAACGUAUUGUAGUUAACUGCAUUCCUGACAC